CGAGAGAUAUUGAUUUAACCCCGUUACUCUCACACCCGUGACAUACAUGGACCCGCCUAACGUCCAAUUUGUGCAAGUCCGUGACAGUCACGGACACAGCCGAUACGUUAUACGCUUAAUAGUUUAUUUGCUCUAAGUUGGAGCCUCUAAUGAUAUAUUAAGAAAUGUACAUUGCCUCCUUAACACUAUCCUUUGCAUUAGAAAAUUACUAAACAAUAAUAUUCAUAACCUCUGCCAACACCUCUUAUUCGUUACUUCAGUCCGAGUGACUGGAUCUAUCUAAACUAUCGAUGGUAACUAUCGAUAGCUUGUACACAAGAACGCAACACUAUUGUACAACAUGCAACAGUCAUAAUACUGUUCAGAAUUUUAGAACAUUUUGUCCCUUGCACCGUCAACUGUUCGCUACGAACAUAUGCACAUGAGUGUGAGCGUUUGGAGGUUAGAAUAAGCGAACGAAUACUCGUUCUUUUCCCGCUUGAACGAAAUUUUAAAUUAAACGAGUUCGAAUGCUUUAUAAAUACUCGGUACGCGCUCGAUGAAAAGGAGCAAAUGUUUUACGAAGCACUUUUUGGCUUCAUCUUCAUGCCUUUGCUCUUUCGAUGACACAUACGCAUGCCUGAUAAAGUGACAAAUCUGGUAACACUGUUCAUGGGGCGUGUGUAGUGCAAAACAGGAGGAAGUCCAUAGAAAUCUAUAAAGAGUGUUGACAACAAUCAGUAAAUGCUUCUUUGUUGUUACUGUUCAGUAUCGUUUACGAUUACGAUUAAAUAAGGUAGAACAAGACGACAAUCUUCUCAAAAUGUUGGCAAUGUUAACUGCUGAUUGGUUUCCUUUGGGCCGAGACAUAUACUUUCGGAAGUUUGAAUUGUACCCGUUAUCGUUCCAAGAAGAAGUUUCGGACAACAAUCUACUAGCAGCAGCUCCUUAUGGAGGUUCCAUCGCAAUUACCAGAAAUCCUAAGAAAUUCGUUAAAGUUCAGGGGGCAAAUAAAACUAUGAUAUACUUGUAUACUUCUGCUGGGAAUCUAAUGGCCAAGUUUCAAUGGAAUGCUGGUCAGCUGGUGAGUAUCGGAUGGUCACAGCAGGAAGAGCUAUUAUGUAUACAAGACAAUGGCAUGGUUCAUAUAUAUGAUAUGUUUGGAACGUACCAACACGCAUUUACUAUGGGGAACGAAGUAAAGGAUACCAAAGUUGUAGAAGCAAAGUUUUUUACAAGCUAUAGUGGAACAGGUAUUGCUGUUUUAACAUCCACUCAACAAAUAUUUCUAGUGAAUAAUAUAGUCGAACCAAAAGUUAGGCAAAUGUCGGCAGUUCCAAGAUAUAGAGGGCCAAUAGACUGCUGGUGUUUAGCAUUCAGCAACAGAGAAACGCGGGUAAUUUUAUCGAAUUGGGACGGAAUAUUUAUACUACAUCAAACACAUCAAAAUCAUACGCGUAUACCAUUUGAGACAGUCUUUACGAAACAGCAGAAAGUAAACCGCGUGAUAGCUAUGGCUGUUAUCGGAAAUCAUCAUAUUGCUCUUUACGCGGAUACUGGCCAACUGUACUUAGGUUCUAUAGAUUUCCAGGAGACAUAUUGUAGAUAUUACGCGAACACGAAAGAAACGUUAUCGGACAUAGCAUGGUGUGGAACAGAAGCGGUAGUUUGCAGCUGGGAUAGUACUAUCAUGGUUGUCGGACGAACAGCCGAAACAAUAGUGUACAAUUACGACGGUCCAGUGCAUCUUGUUACAGAGAUCGACGGUGUACGCGUUUUAUCCAGUUCUUCUCACGAAAUGAUACAAAAAGUACCAAACGUCGUUCAGAAAAUAUUUCGAAUUAAUUCGAUAGAUCCUGCGUCUUAUCUUUUGGAAGCUUCCAAACAGUUUGAAAAGAAGAGUCACAAGGCCGGCAGUUACAUAGAUUUGGUGAAACCUCACAUAGAUGCGGCGGUAAUAGCUUGCAUCGAUGCAGCUGCUCAUGAAUUCGAUUUCACGACGCAAAAGCUUUUAAUGAGAGCAGCCAAAUUUGGGAAGGGAUUUAGCAAGACGGUCGAUCCUGAAUAUUAUGUCAAUAUGUGUCGAACAUUGAGAGUUUUUAAUGCCGUGAGACAUCCCGCAAUUGGAAUUCCAUUAACAUAUAUGCAAUAUACCGUUUUAACGAAUCAAGUGUUGUUGGACAGAUUGGUUGUGAGAAGACACUACUACUUGGCUAUACAAAUAGUACGAUAUCUUCAAUUGCCCGAAAUCGAUGGCGAAAGCAGAAUAUUAGCUCACUGGGCUUGCUAUAAAAUAAAACAAACACAAUUGGACAAAGAACAAUUAGCAGAAGAAAUAGCCGUUAAAUUAGGAUACGCGCCUGGAGUUUCUUACAACGAGAUAGCGAAAAAAGCAGCUGACUAUGGUAGAAAACAACUGGCUAUUAAAUUGAUAGACUAUGAACCACGUGCACACCAACAGGUGCCGCUUUUAUUGAGCUUAGGCGAAGAAAAAACUGCUCUUCGCAAAGCCGUUGAAAGCGGCAAUACCGAUUUAGUGUAUAUGGUAAUACCUCAUCUCAGGCAGAAGAUGACGAUCAGUGACUUUCAGCUGUACAUAAAGCAUUGUCCUUUAGCAAAGGCGUUAUAUAUAAAAUACUGUCAGAGUCGUGAUCGGGAAACUCUUCGAGAUAUUUAUAAUCAGUACGAUAAUUUUCAUGCUCAAGCGGUAUUGUUCAUUACUGAGAGCUAUCGGCGAAAGAAUACAAUGUCGAGAGAGGCGUUAUUGCAAUAUGCGCAGGAAAAUUUUAAGAGUGCUCGCAAUGACACGAAUGCGGCUUUGACGGAAGAACAAAUAAAAUUAUUGCGUUACCAAAAGACUUUGGAAGACACGUUGCACAAAUCGAUCGUUGGUAAACCGUUGCAUGAUACUGUAAAAAUGUUAUUGUUGCACAAUGAAUUGAAAUUAGCAGAGAAACUGAGAUCCGAAUAUCGAAUACCAGAUCGAAGAUAUUGGUGGUUACGAAUACAGUGUUUGUCGGCACAGGAUAUGUGGGAGGAAUUAGAAAAGUUUUCCAAGAGUAAGAAAUCUCCUAUUGGCUACGAGCCGUUCAUAGAUCAGUGUUUAAUGUAUAACAAAGAAACAGAAGCAAAGAAAUAUUUGCCGAAAGUAAAGAAGGAACUGAAAGUGAAGUAUUUAAUUAAAUUGAAAAUGUUAAGCGAAGCAGUUGACGCUGCAGCGGAACAAGAAGAUGUUUCCGCGUUAACUUUUGUGUUAGCACAAUGCGAACCAUCGAACAGACAACUGAUCGACAAAAUUAACACGUUGAUAACGAUGUUCAAAAAGUAACGCUUUAAA